UCAACCCAUCCUGCAGCAGUAUCUGUAUGUCCAAGUCAACAUGCCUGCAGCUGUAUCUGUAUGCCCAAGUCAACAUUCAUACAGCUGUAUCUGCACGCCCAAGUCAACAUGGCUGCUACGGGCUAAAAAAAAAACAUGGCUGCUACGGUCUAAAAAAAACAUGGCUGCUACUCCUACAUACGAUAAGUAGGAAAUUAACAAGACAACAGCAAGUGCAAGGACGACGACAACGAGUAGGAGGAGGGAGGGCUGCCUGCGCUAGCUUGCGCAUUGUGAUGGAUCAUCAAGACGCCGGCGAUGGCGAGGAGCGCCAGCAGCAGCUUGAUGAUCGUGAGGAUGAGCAAGACCAUGUGCUGUUGUCGCCACCGGAAGAGGAUGGAAACCAAGAGCCGCUGGAGAUCGACAAGGAAUCAGUAGUGCAGCAGCAGCAGCAGCAGCAGCAGCUACCGUUAUCGCUGUCGUCGUCGUGGCGGGCUGCGGCGGUCAGCUUCAGGGAGAGCCUGUCCCGCUCCGUCUCCUUCUCCCUCAACAACGAGCAGGAGAAGGACGACGAGGUCGAGCUGAGGUGGGCUGCCGUCGAGAGGCUGCCCACCAUGGACAGGCUCCACACCUCGCUGCAGCUCCAUGCGGAGGAGCAGCAGGUCGUGGACGUGCGCAGGCUGGGCGCGGCGGAGCGGCGCAUGGUGGUGGACACCCUCAUCGCCAACAUCCACCGGGACAACCUCCGCCUGCUCCGCAAGCAGCGGCAGAGGAUGGACCGCGUCGGCGUCCGCCCGCCCACGGUGGAGGUCCGCUGGCGCGACGUCCAAGUCGAGGCCGAUUGCCAGGUGGUUCAUGGGAAGCCGCUCCCCACCAUCUGGAACACCAUCGUCUCCAACCUCUCUCUGGUGAGCACGAUGGUGGGCCUGAACAACGGCCAGCAAGCGAGGGUGCGCAUCCUCCACGGCGUCAGCGGCGUGGUCAAGCCGUCCAGGCUGACGCUCCUGCUUGGACCGCCUGGGUGCGGCAAGACCACACUCCUGAAGGCGCUCGCAGGGAAGCUCAACGCCACUGGUCUCAAGGUGACAGGAGAGGUAGAGUACAAUGGUGUUGAGCUGAGUAGCUUCGUGCCGGAGAAGACGGCGGCUUACAUCGACCAGUACGACCUUCAUGUCCCAGAGAUGACUGUCAGAGAGACUAUAGACUUUUCUGCAAGAUUCCAAGGCGUUGGCAACAGAGCAGAGAUCAUGAAGGAGGUGAUUAGAAAGGAGAAGGAGGCCGGGAUUACCCCUGACCCUGACGUCGACACUUACAUGAAGGCGAUAUCUGUGGAAGGUUUAGAAAGAAGCAUGCAAACAGACUACAUUAUGAAGAUUAUGGGACUUGACGUAUGUGCUGACAUAAUGGUGGGAGAUGCAAUGAGAAGGGGUAUUUCAGGCGGUGAGAAGAAGAGACUUACCACAGGAGAAAUGAUAGUAGGACCCUCAAAAGCACUCUUCAUGGAUGAAAUAUCAACUGGGUUGGAUAGCUCCACAACAUUUCAAAUUGUUUCUUCCCUCCAGCAGUUGGCUCAUAUCUCAGAGUCUACCAUACUAGUCUCACUUCUUCAACCAGCACCUGAGACAUAUGAGCUUUUUGAUGACAUUAUCUUGAUGGCUGAAGGAAAAAUUGUAUACCAUGGAUCUAAAAGUUGCAUUAUGAGUUUCUUUGAAUCAUGUGGAUUCAAGUGCCCUGAUAGGAAAGGAUCUGCUGACUUUCUCCAAGAGGUCUUAUCGGAAAAGGAUCAACAACAAUAUUGGAGCCGAGGCGGAGAAGCAUACAAUUUUUUUACCAUUGACCAGUUCUGUGACAAAUUCAAAGUGUCUCAAAUUGGCCAGAACCUUGAUGGGGAGAUUUCAAAGCCUUAUGACAAAUCAAAAGGGCAUAAAAAUGCCUUGUCCUAUAGUAUCUACUCGUUAUCCAAGUGGGAACUCCUCAAAGCAUGUUUCGCAAGAGAGCUUCUCCUCAUGAAACGAAAUGCCUUCAUCUACAUAACAAAAAUUGUUCAGCUUGCACUACUUGCUGCUAUUGUUGGGACGGUAUUUUUGCGCACACAUAUGGGUGUUGAUAGAGUUCUUGGUAACUAUUACAUGGGUUCACUAUUCUUUGCACUGCUCCUGCUGAUGGUCAAUGGAUUCCCGGAGCUUUCCAUGGCAGUUAUUAGACUUCCAGUCUUCUACAAACAAAGAGACUACUACUUCUAUCCUGCAUGGGCUUAUGCAAUACCAGCUUUUGUCCUAAAGGUCCCAAUCUCUUUAGUUGAGUCAAUAGCUUGGACAUCACUAUCUUACUUUCUCAUUGGCUAUACUCCUGAGGCAUCCAGAUUCUUAUAUCACCUUCUUAUCCUCUUCCUAAUCCACACUGGAGCAUUGUCGAUGUUUAGAUGUGUCGCCUCUUACUGUCAAACAAUGGUGGCUAGUGUAGUGGGUGGUACAACGAUACUUGUACCCAUCCUUCUAUUUGGGGGUUUCCUCAUUCCUCGUCCAUCCAUGCCUAAUUGGCUGAAAUGGGGAUUUUGGCUUUCACCAUUAUCGUACGCUGAGAUAGGUUUAACUAAAAAUGAGUUCUUAGCACCAAGAUGGACAAAGUUCACAGUAUCUGGUAUGACACUUGGAAGGAGGAUAUUAAUGGACAGAGGGUUCAACUUCUCUAGCUACUUCUAUUGGAUUUCAAUUGGAGCAUUGAUUGGGUUUAUUUUCUUAUUUAAUAUAGGUUUUGCUGCUGGCUUAACUAUUAAAAAGCCACCAGGAACUUCUAGGGCUAUUAUUUCUCAUGAUAAUGUUACCAAACUUAACAAAAGGGAACAACGCAUAUUUAUGGACACUGAAGAUGGGAUAGACAAACCACAAGAAAAUUCUUCUACACCUAGCAGGACUGGAAGGGUGGUAUUACCUUUUGUGCCCCUUACAAUAUCAUUUCAGGAUGUGAACUACUAUGUCGACACACCUACGGAAAUGAGGGACCAAGGCUACAGGGAGAGAAAACUUCAACUACUCCACAACAUCACAGGAGCCUUCCAGCCAGGAGUCCUUUCAGCACUCAUGGGGGUCACUGGGGCUGGGAAAACAACCUUGCUUGAUGUUCUUGCUGGAAGGAAAACUGGUGGUGUUGUUGAAGGAGAUAUAAGAGUAGGAGGCUAUCCUAAAGUUCAACAAACUUUUGCUAGGAUAUCAGGUUACUGUGAACAAAUUGAUAUUCACUCCCCACAAAUCACAGUGGGAGAGUCUAUUGCAUAUUCAGCCUGGUUGCGUCUUCCAACAGAAAUUGACUCCAAAACACGAGAUGAAUUUGUCAAUCAAGUUCUUGAAACAAUUGAAUUGGACAAAAUAAGAGAUGCUUUGGUUGGAAUACCAGGGAUAAAUGGACUAUCUACAGAGCAAAGAAAGCGUCUCACAAUUGCAGUUGAGCUUGUAUCCAACCCUUCAAUCAUAUUCAUGGAUGAGCCAACAUCAGGCUUGGAUGCAAGGGCGGCUGCUAUUGUUAUGCGUGCAGUGAAAAAUAUUGCAGACACAGGUCGAACAGUUGUGUGCACUAUUCACCAACCAAGCAUUGAAAUAUUUGAGGCAUUUGAUGAGCUGAUGUUGAUGAAGAGGGGUGGACAAUUGAUCUAUGCUGGGCCACUUGGACACCAUUCGUGUAUGCUCAUCCAAUAUUUCCAGGCAGUACCUGGGGUACCCAAGAUAAAGGACAACUACAACCCAUCAACAUGGAUGCUAGAAGUUACCUCAACAUCUGUGGAAGCUCAACUAGGAGUUGAUUUUGCACAAGUUUACAAGGAGUCAUCAAUGUACAAGGAUAAAGAUGAAAUCGUAAGACUCUUGAGCAUACCACCUUUGGGUACAAGCAACCUUCAUUUCCCAACACAGUAUCCACAAAAGUUUUGGGAGCAGUUCAAAGCUUGCAUUUGGAAGCAAUGUUUAUCAUAUUGGAGAACCCCUUCCUACAACUUGGUGCGGAUUUUGUUCAUAACUUUCACAUGCAUUGCCUUCGGGGCAUUAUACUGGCAGCAAGGCGACAUAAACCGCAUAAAUGAUGAGCAAGGUCUAUUCAAUAUAUUGGGGUGCAUGUUUGGCACCACUAUAUUUGUUGGCAUCAACAACUGUCAAUCGGUGAUGCCAUUUGUCUCCAUUGAGCGAUCUGUCGUGUAUAGAGAAAGGUUUGCAGGAAUGUACUCUCCUUGGGCUUAUUCCUUUGCACAGGUCAUUAUGGAGAUUCCUUAUGUGCUUGUGCAAAUAGUGUUUUUCAUGUUAGUAGCUUACCCAAUGAUAGGGUAUGCAUUGGAAGCAGCAAAGUUCUUCUGGUUAAUAUAUACCAUGUUCUGUACACUCCUAUACUUCGUAUAUUUUGGAAUGAUGAUGGUGUCACUCACCCCAAACAUCCAAGUGGCAUCCAUAUUAACAUCUCUAUUCUACACAAUACAAAACCUCAUGUCUGGCUACACUGUGCCUGGUCCAAAAAUACCAAAAUGGUGGCUAUGGUUGUACUACACAUCUCCCAUGUCAUGGACACUCAAUUUAUUCUUCACCACCCAGUUUGGGUAUGAGGAUCACAAGAAGAUUGAGGUAUUCGGGGAGACCAAAUCUGUUGCAGCAUUUCUUAGAGACUAUUUUGGUUUCCGACGUGAAUUGCUACCCAUAACAGCUGUAGUUCUGGUGGCCUUCCCCAUCUUCUUUGCCACUCUAUUUGGCUAUAGCAUUUCAAAAUUAAACUUCCAAAGGAGAUAAAUCAGUAAAAUAUGUGCACAAAGCUAUAUCAUAAAAGUCUUGUGCACAUUAGAUAUGUGCUGCACUGCUAAAUAUUUAGUUUGUGUUUGGAACAAGUAGUUGAGUAGCAUGCAAAGCAUCCAGAAUGUUAUGUACUAUGUGGCACACCUAAAAUACAAACUGUUGUUAUUUAAUUGCUCAAAAUAUACAUAUGUUUGUUUC